GUUGUUUUUCGAGUAAAUGUAAAUGGUUGUAAAAAUAAAGAUUAAAGUCCAAACUCCAAGCUUGUUUCCAGAAUAAUUUAAUUUUCAUUAUCAGUAGUUUGAAGUGAACAGAAGUUUGUAGCCGUGCAAGGAAUUCGUACGUAUACAAUGGAGCAACUGCGUUUCGAUGGCCGUGUUGCCGUAGUGACUGGAGCCGGUGGCGGUCUAGGAAAGGCCUAUGCUCUUCUCCUCGCAUCAAGAGGUGCUAAAGUUGUAGUGAAUGAUCUUGGCAGCGCAAGAGAUGGUGUUGGAAAAUCAAACUUUGCGGAUGCUGUUGUAAAGGAAAUAAGAGACAAAGGAGGAGAAGCUGUUGCUGAUUACAAUUCAGUGGUUGAAGGAGAGAAACUAAUAAAAACAGCAUUAGAUAAUUAUGGGCGUGUGGACAUUCUCAUUAACAAUGCGGGCAUUCUUCGUGAUAAAAGUUUUCAGAAGUUAUCUGAACAGGAUUGGGACUUAAUUCAGGCAGUGCAUCUAAAGGGUGCUUACAAAACAACUCAAGCGGCAUGGGAAACAUUCAAGAAGCAGAACUUUGGCCGUGUCAUCAUGACUUCAAGCAAUGCCGGUCUAAUGGGAAACUUUGGACAAUCAAACUACAGCGCUGCAAAAAUGGGCCUUGUGGGAUUAGCAAGCACACUUGCGAUUGAAGGCGCUAAGUACAACAUCAAAGUGAACACGAUUGUGCCCACGGCCGCGUCGCGACUCACCGAAGAUAUUCUGCCGCCAGAUAUGUUCCAGGCCAUGAAACCUGAACUCAUUGCUCCCGUUGUGGCUUACAUGGUUCACGAGUCAUUUGAGGACAGCGGAAUCAUAAUCGACUCUACACUGGGUUUUGCGCAUAAAGCUCAUAUUGUGAGGGCACCUGGUGUCCCACUUAGGAACAAGCCAUCGGACCCAGUCACCAUCGAGUCAGUGAAGGAGAAGUGGUCAGAUGUAACCAAUAUGAAGAACGCCAAGAGGAUUGACAAGAUUGCCGAGGUGACGAUGGACCUCGUGCAAAACUUACAGGACUUUGAGGAGCGCAGUAAGCUGGACAGCGAGCAUCCAUCCUACUGGUCUACUUUCAGCUACAACUCUAAGGAUCUCGUAUGCUAUGCUCUCGGAGUGGGUUCGUCGGUGGUGAACCCCUCGGACUUGCGGUUCUUGUACGAGAGCCACGAGGACUUCUCGGCGCUGCCAACAUUCUUCAUCCUGCCCGGCAUGUCCAUGGAGUCGCCUGUCGUCGCUGACUCCAUGCCGCCCGGAAAGCACGCCGACUUCACAAACAUAUUGCACGGCGAACAGUAUUUAGAAAUUGUGAAUGAGUUCCCGGGAACUGAAGGUGAAUUCAAAACAAGGACCUAUGUCGUCGAUGUGUUGGACAAGGCAUCGGGUGCCAUCGCCAUUGUUAACAGCGAGAUAUUCCAAGACCGUCAAUUGGUACUCCGGACACAGCAGCACAUCUUCAUCGUGGGUCAGGGCGGGUUUAACGGGCCGCGGGACUCCAAGAACGCAGUUCCCGUUCAGCCGGUCCCCAAGCGGGCACCUGAUGCUGUUGUGGAACAACGGACGGCCGAGGACCAAGCUGCUCUCUACAGGUUGUCCGGAGAUCUGAACCCUCUGCACAUCGACCCCAACGUGGCCACAGCCAGCGGACAUCCCAAGCCCAUCCUGCACGGUCUCGGGUCUCUGGGCUUCGCAGUCCGACACGUGCUUGCCAAAUAUGCAGGCAAUGAGCCAUCAAAUGUAAAGGCUAUAAAGGCUCGCUUCGCCAAGCCCGUACUACCUGGACAGACAUUGGUGACCGAGAUAUGGCUGGAAGGAAAACGGGCACAUUUCCAGACCAAAGUCAAGGAGAGUAACAAUGUUGUUAUUGCUGGUGCUUAUGUUGACUUGAAGAAUGUUGUGAAAGAAGGGAAUGCAACAGCAGGUCAGGCUCAAACACAAUCAUCAGCUGGCGCUUUGAAGAGUGAUUCAUUGUUUGCUAAGAUUCAGGAUGGUAUCAAGGCAAACCCCGAUAAGGCUAAGAGUGUUGGGGCAGUUUACCUCUACAAUAUCACUAGCAAUGGGAAGACAGUGAAAAAAUGGACUUUGGAUUUGAAGUCAUCAUUGAGUGUGUAUGAAGGAGAGCCAAAGAAUGGUAAAGCAGACACCACAUUAACAGUAUCUGAUGAUGAUAUGAUGGAUAUAGCUGCUGGCACUUUAGGGCCACAAGUAGCAUACCUGAAAGGAAAGCUAAAAAUCUCUGGAAACAUAAUGCUCGCACAAAAGCUGGGACCAUUACUGAAGAGUGACGCGAAAUUGUAAAUUUAAGAGAAACAAUUUAAUUUAAACUUGGGAUUAUAGUUAUGUACCUAAUGUAUAUUUUGCCAGUGUUAAAAUGUUAUAAAUAAUGAUAUUCCAAUUUUAUAUAAUGUUGAAUUCAAAUCAUUCCAACUAGGUGGUGGAAUAAAUAUAUUUAUUUACUGUUUUUUAUAAUAA